AAGGAAAAAGGAGGAGGAGGAGUAGCCCCCCCCCCUCCCUGACACUUUCUAUUUGCAUAUUUAGAAAAAGACAAAAAAGAUGGGCGUAUAUUUUUUUUAAUUCUCUCUUUUUCUUUUUUUCCCAAGUGUCAAUAUGACUGUUUCUCUCAACGAUGAGUAUAAACGUCUCCAUCCAGUUUAUGUAGCAGCCGCCAAAGCAUUCGCUGCCAAUCCACCCAACCAUGAGAACAUUCCCUUACCACAGCUACGAGCUGCCAUAGAUGGGCAAUGUUUGCAACUUCGCGGUACGGUUCCCAAAGUUGCUGUCGAGGAUAAGAUGGUGCCCUACAGCAUGGAUAACAACAAAGAGGUACAAGUUCGUAUCGUCAGGCCACCGGGCACGGAAGCAAAAGAUCUUCCGGGCGUCAUCUUUUUGCACGGAGGAGGUUGGAUCUUUGGUGACAAGGAUACUUAUUUAAAGACCACUGCGGAUCUUGCGAUACGCACACAAACCGUGGUAAUCUAUGUCGAGUAUGCCAAGAGCCCGGAAGCACAGUAUCCCAAAGCCCUGGAACAAGCAUUUGGGGUUGCGCGAUGGCUACACACGCACGGUGGCUCAAUCCAUGUCCACGCUGACCAACUUGCCACGUGCGGCGACUCGGCUGGUGGGAAUUUAGCCACGGCGGUUUGUUUACUGGCAAAGAAGCGGGGUUAUGCCGACAUGAUCAAGACACAGAUUUUACUCUACCCUACAGUCUCUGGCAGCCACGAGCAACGAUCCGAGUUGGAAAGCGUUCAACGCUUUGGCAGUACAAACGACUUUGGUCUUUCGUGGAGCCAUGUCGACUUGGCAUUGAAUGCCUAUUGCGGCACGACAGAGGUCACAACAACAACAACAACAACAAUAAAACAAGAUGACAUCAAGUUGAUUGCACCUCUUUCGGCCUCAGCGCAAGAGCUGCAAGGACUGCCGCCGUGUUUGAUGAUUCUUGCCGAGUGUGAUGUGGUCAGGACCGAGGGUGAGCUGUAUGCAAACAAGCUCAUGUCGGCAGGCGUGGAGACGGUAGCGAUCCAGAUUCUGGGAACCAUCCAUGGAUUUUUCCAGAUGCCCCUGCCCAUUGAUACGCCACAGUAUCACAAGACUAUGUCCAUGAUCGCUGCUCACUUGACGGAUGUUUUUUUUUCUGCAAGGAAAUAAGGGUCUCUUCAUAAUAAAUUUCCACGAAAUGACGACAUGUAAGGAGUUGUUGCAAAGAGGGAUGAUUGUAUAUGCACUAUUUAGUGUGUACUGCGCACAUGAGGAGGGCGUUCCCCAUGUAUCAGCAAGAGUAUCCCUGCGUACUAUGAUAUCAUGACUUUGCAGGACAACCCUCCUAUCAUCGUACAUAGAGCGUCAUGAUCCACCCCUAUUCUUAUUUUUAGCCUCUUUUUUAUGUUGCUACUCACCAAGAAUUUUGCCGCCCAUUUUCAUCAUCCACAUCGCACUAUGUUGUUAGUCCAGUCCACAUUUUAAAUAAAGCAUUUCUGUCAAUUUAUG